AUGCACAAGCGCUGGCUCUCCUACAUCACACUCGCAGUAGCUCCUGUAUGCUUGGCGAGCGUCAACAGCGAGCACUUCGCAGAGAGACUGGAUCUCGCCUCGCUCCCCGACGGACGAUUGUCUGCAGCGUUCACAUUCCGCUUUCUCGGCCCUUUGAAGCAUUUCCACAGGGGCAGAACUUCGCCCGAUGGUCAUACGAGACUGUACACAUCCGAGCGUAUCCCGCGUCAGCUCGCCAGCAUCAUUCGCGCCUUUGGUGUCCGCGAGCUUCAUCUGUCACUCACAGCAGGCAGCUGGGAUCAGUCAGCUUGGGGCUUGCCUCACUCGCCUCACGCAUUUGAGGGCAGCAGACUCAGCCGAUCGCCAAUCGCUCAUGCUAGUGCAAGCGGCGCCGAGCUUUGGGCAUGGCUCGACAGCUCAGAUGCGAAUCAAUGGACUGGCUUGACAAAUUCGUUGGCUGGACUCUUCUGCGCCUCCUUGAACAGGCUAGACCUUACACGUACAACAUCUCCCGUGCUUCAGUACGGUCGCGAGAGUUCUGACGCCGUCAGGAACGCGACCUUAUAUCACGGCAUGUUGCCACUCGAACAUCCCUGCACAGAGAACCUGACACCGUUUAUCUCGCUUCUGCCAUGCAAGGCGCAAGCUGGUCUGGCGAGCUUGCUCAAUCCCCAUCGUCUUUUCGAUGCCGACUAUCAGAACCUUGCGAUAGAUAUCUUGACGCAUGCGGACGAGAUCGAGAUCGUCAUGCAAGCCAAAAGUGUCCUCAACCCAAUCAGACUAGAUAGAGCCAAGGGCGGGCCUGGCAAGCGCGAUUGGUCAUUCGAGCACUGCCUCGAGCGGGAGCUCAAGCGAUCUUGCCCCGCUGCUAGCGAGAGCUUCAUCACGAUUGUUCAGCCCACGUCGACGCAUAGCCUGGUACCCGAUGGCUUUGAGUUUGUCGCCGAAAAGCUGCUUUCGAUGAGCGUUUCCAACGUUACAUCACCGCUGGACGUCUCGAUGCGCUGGCCUCAGGAGGGUCAGUUUGUACCCGAGCAGCAGUACGCCCCUGCGCCGAUAACGGUCAAGCGCGUUCUGCUGGGAAAAGGGCAAGAGCGUGGACAGAUAGGCGUAGACAUCGCCAAUCAUCUGGAGCAACAGAUAGACGUAGGCUACAAUGAAGAGCUUCCUUGGUGGAUGACAAUCUACCUGCACACGCUCAAGAUCGAGCAGCUUACGCUGGAUCUCCAGUCGGUACAGCUACUGCCAGGACCAGCAAGUCACGCGCUGCGCUACGUGCCAGCAAAUGUCCGAGGAAGACCUGCUCUAAUUGAAGCCAAGUUGACGCUGCCUGCGCGAUCGGUAGUGCGCGUGCUACUGAACUACGAGGCGGCCUAUCUACGCUACACAGAGUAUCCAUCAGAUGCACAUCGUGGCUUCGAUAUACCUGCAGCAGCUGUGUUCCUGCCAGAGGGACCCAUGACCGGCUCGCGACGAAUCUACUCAAGUUCUGCGCUUUUGUCGAUGCCGACGCCAGAUUUCUCGAUGCCCUACAAUGUCAUUAUACUCACUUCGACCUGCAUCGCACUUUUCUUUGGCUCGAUAUUCAAUCUGAUGACGAGAGAGCUCUUUGCGAUACAGCGUGUGGGCAUUAGCACAAAAGCAGAGUGA